AUGGCCGGACCGGAAUCUGAAUUGCUGCUGAAAACCGCCCUCGAUCACGGUGACGACUCCACCUCGGCAUCGUCUUGUUCAAGCUUCGACAACGAAUCAACAUCUUGA